GUGGGCCUGAGACCAUGUGAAUCCGUGUUAGCAUCUGGUAGCAUCUUUAUCGGUGAAAUCGCUCAAUACGCCAGUAUGGUGACUACUUCAAAUAAUUAUAUUUCAGUGUGUGAGACGAGGUUGUCAUAUACGUGUUAGAAAAAAGCAACGCAGCUUUUCGCUAUUCCGCUGUGUAGGUAAUUUUUGGUAUCACGCCGCACCGGUAUAAAAAAGUAACAGAGAAAAUACUUGUAUAUUCUAAGUCUACUAUGCCAUAUUCCGCGGAUUAUAUAAAAAAUAAACUGUCUGAUAAGCUGGAUACCCUACACGUGGAAGUUGUGGACGAGUCUGAUGGUUGUGGGGGAAAGUUUGCUGUGCUAGUUGUCUCAAAUGCAUUCGUAGGCAAGCCUCUCUUACAAAGACACAGACUUGUCAAUUCAGUCUUGGAAGAAGAGUUAAAAGAAAUACAUGCUUUUUCGCAGAAGACCCUCACACCAGAGGAAUGGGAAAAACGAAAUGCUUAACUCUGCGUGAUUUUAUUAAUACCGAUUCAAUGAUAAAUAAAUAUUAGCAUUCACCGUUGAAAAAA